GCCAGAUUAUUUAAAUCAAAAAUGGAUUCCGCAAACCAAUCUCCUCGAGAGCCUGAAGAACAGAAGGAUGUAGAGCUUGAUCUCUUCCCAAGAGAAGAAAGAUAUGAAACCCUAUGGAACCUGGGCAAGGGUGCUUAUGGUCAAGUUGACGCAGUCAAGGAAAAGUCCACCGGGAAGAUCUGGGCUCGAAAAACAGUCACAUUUUCAAACCUUGAAGAAUUUGGAAUCCCGAGUAAUGCUAUCAGAGAAGUGACUUUGCUAAAGGAACUUGACCAUCCCAACCUUUUGAAGGUGGAAGAAGUUAUUUAUGCAAGACCAAAACUAUAUCUUUACAUGGAAUAUAUGGAGAAUGAUCUUAACAAAUAUCUUGAAGAGAACAAACCCCUCUCAAAUGAGAAGAUCCAGAGUAUCAUGAGGCAAAUACUCGAGGGUGUUAAGAGCAUGCAUAGUAGCUGCGCGAUCCAUAGAGACCUAAAACCUGAAAAUAUUUUUAUUGAUGAUAAAGGAACUGUUAAAAUCGGAGAUUUUGGAAUCUCUAGAAACUUAAACGCAUCUUCAAAGCCCAUGAGCCCUGAAGUGGUGACAAUAUUUUACAGAGCUCCUGAGUUAUUACUUGGAAUGAAAGAAUACUCUAUUCCUAUCGAUCUAUGGUCAGUUGGCUGUAUUUUCGCAGAGCUUUACCUAGGAAAGCCUCUCUUCCUUGUGGAAAGUGAACUUGAUUUAGUGACAAAGAUAUUUAAAACAUUUGGAACCCCAAAUGAGGAAACCUUCCCCGGAAUCACUGAUAUGAUAAGUAGCGUGAUGCCAAAAUACCCCAAGAGGCUGCUAAAAAUUGAGGAAAUGGAUGAGAAUGCAGCCGAUUUGGUCAACAAGCUUUUAGCCUUGUACCCGACACAUAGAAUUUCGGCUAAAGAGGCACUGACUCAUCCUUUCUUUGAGGUCGAUUAUGAUAAUUAGA